AGUUCCAAUACAGAAAGUCUUGGUCAUUUCAGAAAGCACUGUGUCAAAGGCCUCUUUUUUCCCUUUCUCUUUUGGGUGCCUUCAAAAUUUUUCCCACACUGUUGAAGUCUUCCCACCAAGAAGACGCGAGAGAGAGAGAGCGAGCGAGAGAGAGAUAAUUCGACUGUAUAAUUGUACUAAAUAAUAUAUAGAGUAGGAAGAUUUAGGUUUUAUUGACUUUAUUAGCGUAGAGCUCUCAUAUUGUGAAAUUCUCUCUCUCUGUCUCUCUAUUAGAAGUCAAAUGGCCGAUCAUGCUGAUUCAUCUGCUCUCAUAGCUCCGUCUCCGAUCACGGAUUCCAGCGAGAUUGACCUUGAAGCCGGUCCCGGCGAGCAAAUUCAGUGUCGAAUUUGCCUCGAAACCGAUGGCAGGGAUUUCAUUGCACCUUGCAAGUGCAAAGGGACAUCAAAGUAUGUUCAUCGGGAAUGCCUUGAUCAUUGGCGUGCUGUAAGGGAAGGGUUUGCAUUUGCUCAUUGUACAACGUGCAAGGCUCCUUAUCAUUUGAGAGUUCAUGUUCUUGCCGACAGGAAAUGGCGAACCUUGAAAUUCCGAUUUUUUGUGACAAGGGACAUUUUGUUUAUCUUCCUCGCCGUUCAGCUUGUGAUUGCUUUGUUGGGAUAUCUUGUGUAUCUAAUUGAUGGUUACCAAAAGUUCUGGCUCCGUCUGGCCUGGGGUUUUGAUAGUGAACUUAGUUUCUACUACAUAUGUGGGGCACUGUUGUUUUUUGCAUUGCUGGGAUUAUCUGGAUGCUUCAUAACUUGUUAUGACCGAAGAGUGCGCAAUGAUCUGGCUCAGCCAUGUCGAGAAUUGUGUCUUUGUUGCUGUCAGCCCGGAAUGUGUGCUGACUGUCAUUUGCCUGGCACGCUUUGUAUGUGGACUGACUGUACGACAUGCUUUGAAAGUUGUGCUAGUGCGGCUGGUGAAUGUGGUUGCUUGGGAGGUGCUGGUGAAGCUGGGCUACCACUAUUAUUUGUAAUGGCUUUGAUCGUGCUUGGACUAUUUACUGUGAUUGGCAUAUUCUACAGUGUAUUGGUGGCUACCAUGGUUGGACAAAGGAUUUGGCAGCGGCACUAUCACAUACUUGCAAAAAGGAUGCUGACAAAAGAAUACGUUGUGGAGGACGUUGAUGGUGAGAUGACUGGAUCUGAUUGGGCUCCCCCAUCUCUCCCACCUGAGCAUGUGCAGCAGCUAAAAACACUUGGCCUCCUAUGAAUUCUUAUUAAUAGGUGGAGUAAGAAAAUCAUAAACACUUGAUAUUGAUAUUGUCCAUUUAUGUUUAUAAUCUGCAGACGACUAAAAGAAUGCCUAAAAUUGUAAUUGUUGUUGUUGUUGCCUUUUGCUUUAUUCUGUGUAAGAAAACUGGUACAUCAAUAAUUUUAAUUAACAGACAAGAAACAUUCACAUGUUUUAGGGCAAUUUUUUUGUGAACUCCUUGAAGUAUAAUCCCUUAGACCUUCAC